AUUAAUGGUCGACUUCGACUAGGCACCAGUAUAAAUGUCAUUUUUAAAUAAUAACUACCGUGAUAUGGAUUUCUCAUAUUAUCUGGUCCUGGCCUACAUCACAGUAGUUGCAGGUAACCCAUGCCUCAAUCAGACAUUGAACUCGAUCCCUUAUCCCAAAAACUGCAACACAUACAUAGUCUGUUGGAUGUUCAAGCCAUAUCUCCAGUCUUGCCCGACAGGAUUGCUCUACGACACUAAAACUAAUAACUGCCAGCCAUGGCCAGUAGCAAUGUGCUGCAACUAUGUAUCUCCACGUCCAUUUCAUCCUUUACCUCCUGUAUCUCCAUUGGAACCUGGUAACACAACUAAAAUACGAACUCUACCUCCUAUCUCAAUCACAACUCCAUCAACUUUAACGGACACUCCAUCCGUUCCAACCGACAUAACGCAUCCAACGAGUGAAACGCCCGUGAUAACAACAUCACAUCCAUUGCCGACGACAAGUUCUAGCCCCAAUACUCCAUCAACUUUAACGGACACUCCAUCCGUUCCAACCGAUAUAACGCAUCCAACGAGUGAAACGGCCGUGACAACAACAUCACAUCCAUUGCCGACGACAAGUUCUAGCCCCAAUACUCCAUCAACUUUAACGGACACACCAUCCGUUCCAACCGACGUAACGCAUCCAACGAGUGAAAAUCCUACUCAGACAACACCACCGAGCAAAAAAACGUUACCGCCCACUGCCACAACGCCUACAAAACCCAGCACACCUACAAGUGAAACGCCCGUGAUAACAACUUCACAUCCAUUGCCGACAACAAGUUCUAGCCCCAAUACUCCAUCAACUUUAACGGACACUCCAUCCGUUCCAACCGAUAUAACGCAUCCAACGACUGAAACGCCCGUGAUAACAACAUCACAUCCAUUGCCGACGACAAGUUCUAGCCCCAAUACUCCAUCAACUUUAACGGACACUCCAUCCGUUCCAACCGAUAUAACGCAUCCAACGAGUGAAACGCCCGUGAUAACAACAUCACAUCCAUUGCCGACGACAAGUUCUAGCCCCAAUACUCCAUCAACUUUAACGGACACACCAUCCGUUCCAACCGACGUAACGCAUCCAACGAGUGAAAAUCCUACUCAGACAACACCACCGAGCAAAAAAACGUUACCGCCCACUGCCACAACGCCUACAAAACCCAGCACACCUACAAGUGAAACGCCCGUGAUAACAACUUCACAUCCAUUGCCGACGACAAGUUCUAGCCCCAAUACUCCAUCAACUUUAACGGACACUCCAUCCGUUCCAACCGAUAUAACGCAUCCAACGAGUGAAACGCCCGUGAUAACAACAUCACAUCCAUUGCCGACGACAAGUUCUAGCCCCAAUACUCCAUCAACUUUAACGGACACACCAUCCGUUCCAACCGACGUAACGCAUCCAACGAGUGAAAAUCCUACUCAGACAACACCACCGAGCAAAAAAACGUUACCGCCCACUGCCACAACGCCUACAAAACCCAGCACACCUACAAGUGAAACGCCCGUGAUAACAACUUCACAUCCAUUGCCGACAACAAGUUCUAGCCCCAAUACUCCAUCAACUUUAACGGACACUCCAUCCGUUCCAACCGAUAUAACGCAUCCAACGAGUGAAACGCCCGUGAUAACAACAUCACAUCCAUUGCCGACGACAAGUUCUAGCCCCAAUACUCCAUCAACUUUAACGGACACACCAUCCGUUCCAACCGACGUAACGCAUCCAACGAGUGAAAAUCCUACUCAGACAACACCACCGAGCAAAAAAACGUUACCACCCACUGCCACAACGCCUACAAAACCCAGCACACCUACAAGUGAAACGCCCGUGAUAACAACUUCACAUCCAUUGCCGACAACAAGUUCUAGCCCCAAUACUCCAUCAACUUUAACGGACACUCCAUCCGUUCCAACCGAUAUAACGCAUCCAACGAGUGAAACGCCCGUGAUAACAACAUCACAUCCAUUGCCGACGACAAGUUCUAGCCCCAAUACUCCAUCAACUUUAACGGACACACCAUCCGUUCCAACCGACGUAACGCAUCCAACGAGUGAAAAUCCUACUCAGACAACACCACCGAGCAAAAAAACGUUACCGCCCACUGCCACAACGCCUACAAAACCCAGCACACCUACAAGUGAAACGCCCGUGAUAACAACAUCACAUCCAUUGCCGACGACAAGUUCUAGCCCCAAUACUCCAUCAACUUUAACGGACACACCAUCCGUUCCAACGGACGUAACGCAUCCAACGAGUGAAAAUCCUACUCAGACAACACCACCGAGCAAAAAAACGUUACCGCCCACUGCCACAACGCCUACAAAACCCAGCACACCUACAAGUGAAACGCCCGUGAUAACAACUUCACAUCCAUUGCCGACAACAAGUUCUAGCCCCAAUACUCCAUCAACUUUAACGGACACUCCAUCCGUUCCAACCGACGUAACGCAUCCAACGAGUGAAACGCCCGUGAUAACAACAUCACAUCCAUUGCCGACGACAAGUUCUAGCCCCAAUACUCCAUCAACUUUAACGGACACUCCAUCCGUUCCAACCGAUAUAACGCAUCCAACGAGUGAAACGCCCGUGAUAACAACAUCACAUCCAUUGCCGACGACAAGUUCUAGCCCCAAUACUCCAUCAACUUUAACGGACACACCAUCCGUUCCAACCGACGUAACGCAUCCAACGAGUGAAAAUCCUACUCAGACAACACCACCGAGCAAAAAAACGUUACCGCCCACUGCCACAACGCCUACAAAACCCAGCACACCUACAAGUGAAACGCCCGUGAUAACAACUUCACAUCCAUUGCCGACAACAAGUUCUAGCCCCAAUACUCCAUCAACUUUAACGGACACUCCAUCCGUUCCAACCGAUAUAACGCAUCCAACGAGUGAAACGCCCGUGACAACAACAUCACAUCCAUUGCCGACGACAAGUUCUAGCCCCAAUACUCCAUCAACUUUAACGGACACUCCAUCCGUUCCAACCGAUAUAACGCAUCCAACGAGUGAAACGCCCGUGACAACAACAUCACAUCCAUUGCCGACGACAAGUUCUAGCCCCAAUACUCCAUCAACUUUAACGGACACACCAUCCGUUCCAACCGACGUAACGCAUCCAACGAGUGAAAAUCCUACUCAGACAACACCACCGAGCAAAAAAACGUUACCGCCCACUGCCACAACGCCUACAAAACCCAGCACACCUACAAGUGAAACGCCCGUGAUAACAACUUCACAUCCAUUGCCGACGACAAGUUCUAGCCCCAAUACUCCAUCAACUUUAACGGACACUCCAUCUGUUCCAACCGAUGUAACGCAUCCAACGAGUGAAACGCCCGUGAUAACAACUUCACAUCCAUUGCCGACGACAAGUUCUAGCCCCAAUACUCCAUCAACUUUAACGGACACACCAUCCGUUCCAACCGACGUAACGCAUCCAACGACUGAAACGCCCGUGAUAACAACUUCACAUCCAUUGCCGACAACAAGUUCUAGCCCCAAUACUCCAUCAACUUUAACGGACACACCAUCCGUUCCAACCGACGUAACGCAUCCAACGAGUGAAAAUCCUACUCAGACAACACCACCGAGCAUUAAAACGUUACCGCCCACUGCCACAACGCCUACAAAACCCAGCACACCUACAAGUGAAACGCCCGUGAUAACAACUUCACAUCCAUUGCCGACAACAAGUUCUAGCCCCAAUACUCCAUCAACUUUAACGGACACUCCAUCCGUUCCAACCGAUGUAACGCAUCCAACGAGUGAAACGCCCGUGAUAACAACUUCACAUCCAUUGCCGACAACAAGUUCUAGCCCCAAUACUCCAUCAACUUUAACGGACACUCCAUCCGUUCCAACCGAUGUAACGCAUCCAACGAGUGAAACGCCCGUGAUAACAACUUCACAUCCAUUGCCGACGACAAGUUCUAGCCCCAAUACUCCAUCAACUUUAACGGACACUCCAUCUGUUCCAACCGAUGUAACGCAUCCAACGAGUGAAACGCCCGUGAUAACAACUUCACAUCCAUUGCCGACGACAAGUUCUAGCCCCAAUACUCCAUCAACUUUAACGGACACACCAUCCGUUCCAACCGACGUAACGCAUCCAACGACUGAAACGCCCGUGAUAACAACUUCACAUCCAUUGCCGACAACAAGUUCUAGCCCCAAUACUCCAUCAACUUUAACGGACACACCAUCCGUUCCAACCGACGUAACGCAUCCAACGAGUGAAAAUCCUACUCAGACAACACCACCGAGCAUUAAAACGUUACCGCCCACUGCCACAACGCCUACAAAACCCAGCACACCUACAAGUAAAACGCCCGUGAUAACAACUUCACAUCCAUUGCCGACAACAAGUUCUAGCCCCAAUACUCCAUCAACUUUAACGGACACUCCAUCCGUUCCAACCGAUGUAACGCAUCCAACGAGUGAAACGCCCGUGAUAACAACUUCACAUCCAUUGCCGACGACAAGUUCUAGCCCCAAUACUCCAUCAACUUUAACGGACACACCAUCCGUUCCAACCGACGUAACGCAUCCAACGAGUGUAAAUCCUACUCAAACAACCAAACCGAACAUUAAAACCUUACCGCCCACUGCCACAACGACUACGAAACCCAGCACAUCUACAAGUGAAACGCCUGGUUUACGUACCAAUUCUGAUAACAUUACUGAAUCUACUUUGACAGUUACGGCAGUUGAACAUUCCACAACAACCCAAGCAACAAUACCUCACUCUACUAAUAAAACAACAGAGUCAGAAACUUAUACUCCAAACAAUGAACAUACAACAAGAGAAGUUAGUUCAUUACGUACAGUAAGGACAUUACCAACAAAGAAAUCCAAAAGGACUCUUGCUCCUUAUUCAACAACUACCAACAGCCCUUGUCAUUUCACACCAAUGAUUACUGAAAAACCAAUCAAACCUCAACUUCCCGAAUGUGGUGAAGAUGACAGAUUCGUUUAUCCCGACUUCGAAAACUGUAAUUUUUACUUCAACUGCUUUAGUGGAGUCAUGAAGAGACUUCCUUGCAAAAAUAACUUUGCAUUCAGUCCUCAUGUAUUGAGGUGCCUCCCUGUAGAGAAAGUGAACUGUAAUUCAUACAAAUCAGCUCUAGAGCAGAGACUAUAUUCAAUUAACUUCGUCCUCUUCAACGCUCUUUCGAAAGUAUCGAACUCGCAAUCCAAGAGAAAAAAUGAUGAAUAAUAAAUUGUUAUAAUAACUCAAAUGUAUUAUAUAUUGUAUUUAAGGAAUUAUAUAUUAGUUUUUGAGCUA